AUGCCAACACAAUUAAAUAAUAAUCUGUGGCAUUUACGUCAACUUUUCACACACAAUGUUACUAUCGUUCCAUUAUUACCAGUAGAAAAUAUUCUUAAAGUUAUACAAUCAGCUGAUAUUCCAGCAGAGUUAUGGCUCGAUUGUCUUCUUGCUGCAGUUCAAUCGCCAUCAGAUCCUAAUAAUGAAAAUAAGAUCUUAUUCGAUUUUACACCAGUGAAAAUUCCAACAACCAUUUCCACCUCAUCCACUUUGUUUAAUUCGUGUUCAUCUGAACAAGAAUUGCAAAAUAAUGGAUUUUCAAGUAUGUUCGAUCAAUCAUCAAUUACAGACAUUAAUUUAACUGAACAAUUGCUUUCAUUUCGUCCAUCAUUAACUAUACCCAAGACCACAUAUAAUAGAACUCAUAGUGAAGAACCAUUAGAAGAAUAUCGAAAAAUACUUCUUGAUAAUCUUGAAGAAUUAUAUCAACUUAAAUGGGAUCAAUCAUAUGUAGAUUCACUUCGACGUACAUUUACUAAUUCUCAAAAUUUUAAUAAUCUUUCGUCGAUUAAAACAGCUUUAUUUGUUGUUGAAACUAUAGUUGUAAAUCGCAUAUCACUUCGAUUACAUAUUGAACGUAUUGUAAAUAAAAUAACUAAAAGUCCUUCAAAUAAAUGGAUGGAUGAAUUAAACAAAAUUGUUAAUGAACAAGGUAAAAAUAAAUCGUUACAAACAUUACUUCAAGAAUUAGGUCAAGAAAAUUCAACUUUAAAUCUUGUCGAUUUGGAACAACGAUAUCAAAAAGUAAUGAAUUAUUAUGAAAAAGAAACAGCUCUAAUGACAUCAUCUGAUAUUCAAAAUCGACAAAAUUAUAAGAAUGAAUUUUAUAAAAUUGCUGUUAUUAUUCAAGGUGUUUAUAUAUUUAAACAAGUACGACCAAGAGAUAUUCAAAUUUUAUCACUUCUUCUUUUCAUCGAAAAUCAACAUAAAAAUCGUGGACGAUUAGCUCAAAUACGUACUGGUGAAGGCAAAUCAAUUAUUAUAGCAAUGUUGGCUGUAUAUUUAUCAUUAGUACCAUCAAAAAAAUGUGUAGAUGUUAUUACAACAUCGGAGGUUCUUGCUCAACGUGAUGCUGAAGAAUUUGCACCGUUCUACCAAAUGUUCAAUCUUACAGUUGGACAUAAUUGUCACGAGCCUUCACAAACCACAAACUAUAGUGUUGAUAUUAUUUAUGGAACAGUAAAUCAAUUCGCUGGUGAUUUACUGCGUACUGAAUUUUAUCUAGAAACAAAAGUACGCGGUAAUCGACCUUAUUCAGCAGUUAUUGUUGAUGAAGUUGAUAGUAUGUUUAUUGAUCAACGUGAACAUUUUACACAAUUAGCAUCAUUAACACCUGGUUACAAAUCAUUAAAUAUUAUAUUAAAAUUUAUUUUCAUAUUUUUUAAAAAAUAUAAUAUUACGGAAGAGAAUGAAUUUGUUAUUCAACAAGCAAAUGGUUUUGUUAAAGUUGAUGCUCUUGGCUUUAUUCGUGAAAAAUUAAAUGAUAAAAAAUUAAUUGAAUUUCCUGAAUUUCGUCGAUCAUAUAUUUUUUCUAAAUUACCAAAAUGGAUUAAAAGUGCAAGACGAUCACUUUAUAAUUUACAACUUGAUAUUGAUUACAUAAUUAAUAAAGAAAAAGAAAUUGUUCCUGUUGAUUAUUUAAAUACAGGUGUAUCUCAAACGCAUAUGCAUUGGAGUGAUGGUGUUCAUCAAUUUCUUCAAUUAAAACAUAAUUUACGUAUGACACCUGAACGUAUGUGUGAUUCAUUUUAUUCAAAUGUUACUUUAUUUAAAAAAUAUGAAUAUUUAUAUGGUUUAACGAGUACAUUAGGUGGAAAAGAUGCACAAAAUUUUAUAAAAUUAGUUUAUAAAAUUGAUGUUAUUAUUAUACCAAAAUAUAUUGAUAGUAUAUUUGAUAUUUAUCCAAAUCAAUUUGCUCUUAAUCGUCAAUCAUGGUUAGAAAAAAUUCGUAUCGAAUGUCGUACAAUUGCUAUUACUAAUCGUCGAGCUGUUUUAAUUAUUUGUCAAACUAUACGUGAUGCAAAUGAUGUUCAAUCUUAUUUACGUUCUCAACAUUCAAAUAUAAAACUUUAUCUUCGAAGUGAUGAACAUACAAAACCAGAAGAUGUUCAUCCAGGUGAUGUUAUUGUUGCAACAAAUUUAGCUGGACGUGGAACUGAUUUAAAAGUUAUUACAUCUGUUGUUGAUCAUGGUGGUUUACAUGUUAUUGUUACAUUUAUGCCAAAUAAUUCACGUGUUGAACAACAAGCAUUUGGUCGAGCUGGACGACAAGGACAACCAGGUUCAGCUCGAUUAAUUAUUUAUAAAGACGAUGAAAAUAUGAUAGCAUGUAGUUUAAUUGACGAGAUUCGAACAGUCGAGAUUUGGAAACAAAGUCGAGAUAAAUUUGAAAAAGAAAAUAUGAAUGAAGCUAUUGAAGAAGUUAAUCGAAUUGAAGCAAAAGAUCAUCUUCUUGUUCGUUUUCUUAAUAUUGUUCAUUCAUGUAAAAAUGAUCUUCCAUUUACGGAAGAUAUAUUCAAACCAGGUUUCAAUUCACUUCGUGAAUUAUGGAGUUCUUUUUGUGAUAAAGAUUCAUCAACAGCUAAUCAACGUUUUCCAGCAUUUGCAAAUGAACUUCAACAAAAACUUGAAAUAUCAAUUACAACUAUGAAACAAACACUAUCACAGUCAUUUCAUUCGGCUCAUUUUCUCAAAAAUGAAGAACAAUCUCGUACCGAACACAUAGCCAAAGCACAAUGUGAUGCUCUUCGUCAAUUGAUUGCUCAUCCAAAAUACUUUAUUUUUGCUGGUAUUCAAAUUUUAUGUAUGAAUGAUUUAAUUGAAAGAAAACAAUAUGCAUUAUCAUUAUAUCAACGAGCAGCAGAUCUUGAUAAUCAAGACUUUAUUGUUCAUUAUAAUAUGGUAUAUUGUUAUAUUAAAAAUAAUCAAAAUUCAAUAAAUCAAGCUAUACAAGAAUUAGAAAUAGCUCUAGCAUUACUUAGUAAAGAAAUUGAAAGACGUACACUUCUUCAAGUUCAUGAUGAUUCAUCAACAGAAAUAUCUGCCGAUAGAUCAAGUAUUGCUGAACUUGUCUUUCUCGGACAUGUUCGUUCAAUAUUCGAAGCUAGUCGAGAUCAAUUACGUAAAUUUGAUGAAGAUAAACAUGAGAUAUCUUGUCGUACUGAAUUUUGGGCAGAAACAUUAUCAAAUUUAGAGAAUACACAAUUUAAAGAAAUUAAAAAUGAUAUUCAUGCUGAAUAUCAAGAAUGGGUAAGUGAAGGUUUAAUGUGGAUAUUUAUAUUUGAAAUUGAAGCUAAACGAUGUUGGUGGAAAACAAUAUUAGUUUUUGUUAUGGGUGUUGCACAAAUUGUUGGUGGAGCCUUUUUAUGUGUUGCUGGUCAGUGGAAAUUAGGAACAUCAAUGGUUCUUAAUGGAACUUUUGAUGUUUAUUUAGCUGUUGCUACAAAAAUUACUAGUGAUUUUGAUCUUGUUAAUUAUUUUAAACAAAAAGUAAUUAAUUAUGGAUUAGAAUUAUUAUGUAUAACACCAGCUGUAAGUAAUCUUGUUAAAUCUAUUUCAUCAAUGGAACAAAUUCGAAUGGUUGGCGUUACGGCUAAAAAUGUUCAUCAAUUAUGUACAAAAGGAUUUAAUAUUGAGACUUUAACAAAUAUUGCUUUAACUGGUAUGAAUGUGGCAGGUAUUGAUAGGAAUAUGAUUGAUUUUGUUAAACAAAUACCAGAACGAUAUAAAGAUAUUGAAGCUUUAAUUUCUGGUGAUUUUGAUAAGAUAAUAAAUCGAAGUACAUCGAUGGUUGUUAGCCGAUUUUUAGGAAUGUUAGAUAAUGAUUCUUUAUUUGAAGGAAAAACAAAAGAAAUGUUUCAAAUUGUUCAACGUCACACACCACUUAUAAAACAUGUUUAUGAUGGAAAUGGUAAAGCUAUAGUUUCAUAUGCUCUUCAUAAUAUGGAUGAAAUAUUACCUAAAAUACCAAUAAUAGAUAUAUUAUAUUUAGCAUUACCAAAUACUCUUAAUAGUCUUAAUUCUACACGAGGAGAAUAUACAUCAGAAACAUUUGAAAUUGUACAAAAAAUUUUAAAUUCCUCAGAUAAAUGGACUAUAUUUGAACAAAAUAAACAUAAAUUAAAUACAAAAAUUUGUCAAUUACUUCACCCUGCUAUCGAACUUGAACGAAAGUUUCUUGAUGAAUAUAAACAAAUAACAAAUAAUCCUCAAAUGAUUACUAGCUAUGGUCAAAUAUUCAAUUCUCUUAAUGUUACAUUUGGUACAAUACCAAAUCAACGAAAUAAUUUACAAAGAGAAAUUCAAAGAAAACAACGAACUGAUAAUCAUUUAUUAGAACAGACUAUGCUUACAUUUGUUGAUCAAUUAAGUAAAACACCGAAUGAUACAAGAAAAAGUUCAAAAACAACAAAGGCAUUGAAAGAAUAUCUUAACGAAAGUAUUAUCCGACCUAGUAUUGAGAAUGCAUGUGAGCAAGAAAUGGAUAAAAAUAAUGAAAAAAUCAUGGAUAAAUUUACAAAAGCAUCGAUAUAUAUACAAGAACAACAGAAAAAGUUCAAAAGAACCUAA